GUUAUUGACAUUUUAAAAUCCACUAAAGUUAAGAUGAUUGAGCUUCAUUGUCUAUUCUCAGAUGAAAACCGCACAUUCAUAGCGUGAAAAUUUACUUUAUGCUGUGAUAUAUUGCUUAAUAUCUUUUAAGUACUUUCAAGAAUAUUGCAGUAAAUUUAAAACAAUUUUCUCCAGAAUGUCUUCAGCGCGCAGUUUUUGUACUCAUAAUACCGAUGUUUUUCAAGCUGUUCUAUCGGUUCUAUUUGGCGCAUAUUCGUUCAGUAAGCUAGUAUCAUCAAAUCAGCGACCGACACUUGCAUCGUGGGCUCUUCGAGCGAGCAGCUUUGAACACAAUAUCCUUCAAAAUAGCAUGCGGACUGUACCGAUGGCUGGGUGUAUUUUCACCAGAUUUUUUUUAUCUAUAGAAAAGUGAAAGGCCUCUCGUUGUUGAUAUUUCCAUAACGUUCAAGAAGAGGAUACGCUGUCAAGAUGGAUAUUGACCAGCUAGAAGCAGAGGCCCAGCGGCUGGCACUGCAACAGGUUGCCAACAUGCUGCAGCGGCCCGACCAGCUGGAAAAAGUUGACCAAUAUAAACAGAGGGUGAUCAGGAAGAAGAACUCUGUUGAGGCCAUGCUGAAGACAGCGAUGCAGAGCCAGCUGGAUGAUGUGAAGCUGGGCCUGAACCAGUUGCAGGCAGCACUGCAUGAUAUUCAGGAGUCCAGACAAAGUCUGCAGGAGAUCGAGGCGGCGCUGGAGGAGGUGCCGGCCUUACUGCCGCAGUUCUCCGAGCUGCGAGAGGAGAGUCGCCUCCACCAGCAGUACGAAGCAGCCGUCUGUACCAUGGACUUCACCCUGAUGAUCGACAAGUUUGUGGAGCGCGCACAGAAGGUCAUGGAUCAGGGCACCCUGCUGGCGGCGCACAAGUAUCUGAUUGAGCUGGAGCGGACGCGGGACCGUCUGUUGAUCGACCUUCUGCGGAAAUUGGGCGGUCACAGCAGUGAGAUGGAGCGGCUCAAGGCGCACUUCAAGGAGGUGGAGGCGCUCUCCGACCGGCUUGGUAAGCAGCUGUGGCUGAAGCUGAGCCGCACACUGGCCACUGUGCGCCGUGAGCCGCAGGAGAUCGUCACCGUACUGCGUAUCGUCGAGCGGGAGGAACAGGCGGACGCUGAGCUGCGUGACGCCCUGACCACCGACUAUGUGCCGCCGGGUCGGCCCAAACGCUGGCGGCAGCGCGCACUCCAGGUUUUGGAGGAAGCCGUCAACACCCGUAUCGAGGCGAACGCCUUCGAGAGCCGUGCCGACAACAAGAUGUGGCUGGUCCGACAUCUGGAGGUCUGCAGGCUGCUCGUUCUGGAAGACCUGCAGGUAGUGAAGAAACUCUGCGUCGCCUGCUUCCCGCCCCACUACGGCAUCCUCAACACCUACGUUAAAAUGUAUCACACCGCCCUAUCCAAACACCUGAUGGAGACCAUCUCGUGCGGCCUGGAGGGUAACGAGUACUUCACGCUGCUGUCGUGGACGCAGAACACCUACCUGGGUCCGGAGCUGCUGGGCCACCCGAGUCUGGCCAUCAGCACCAAGGCGCUGCCGCCGCUGCUCGACCAGCAUACGGUCGAUACCCUCAUCAAGGAGUAUGUGGAGAAAAUCGAGACUAACUACCAGUCGUGGCUGGAGAAGACGGUGGCCCAGGAGGUAUCGGACUGGCGCCGGGACGUGCCGCCCGACGCCGACGGAGACCUCUUCCAGACGGCCGCGCCGCUCAUCGUCUUCCAGAUGAUCGAUCAGAACCUGCAGGUGGCCAAGUCGGUCAGUGACGACUUUGCCAUGCAAGUGUUGUCCGUCAGUCUGUCGCAAGUGACCAAGUUCUGCAGUGACUAUCGAGAAGCCAUUGUCGCUUACAAGGGCCAGCACUUUACCGACCGUAGUCUGAUCCGCUACUUCACCCACUACAUGAUCGCCAUCGUCAACAACUGCUCCAGCAUCAUGGAGCUGGCCAAGCAGACCCGGGACCGCUACUGGAAGCCGCUCUCUAACGACUACGGAGUGGCGCGCUCCCUCGAGACGCUGCUGUCGACGUACCAGAAACUAGGCAACGACAGUGCCGGUUUCCUGCUGGAGGAGAUGGCUCUGGACCUGGAGCCGCACUUCCGUGACCUGCUCACCCGCCGGUGGAUGGGCUCGCCGGAGGCGGUCAACACCAUCUGCGCCACCGUGGAGGACUACUGCCACGACUACGUCCACCUCAGGCCCGAGACGUUCGAACAGACGGUGGCUGACGCCCUCCAGAUGAUCUACCAAAAGUAUCUGGCCGCGCUGCUCCAGAAGAGAAUCACCUUCAAGUCGCCCGAGGAGCGUAAGGCCGGCGCCGACAAGAUCGUCUCGGACACGUCCCAGCUGGUGGAGACGUUCGAGCGCAUCUCGCCGGCCAGCGUCUCUCGCGAGGAGGACAGUCCGGACGCCAUUCUCCGAGCAAUGACCGAGGUGCUGCGUGUGGAGGACGCAGACCUGCUGACCCUGGAGCUGCACGGUCUGCUGCGCCACUGUCCGGACGCCAGCUCCGACCACCUGACCGGCCUGCUGCUGCUGCGGGGCGACCUCGGACGGCUCGAGGUAAGACAGCGUGUCCAGCAGCUUCUGGAGGCCGCCCCGCCGUCCGGCGCGCAGCCCGCCACCACUGUGAUGUCGCAGGUGCAGCUGCCCAGCGGCCUGUUCCAGUUCACCUGAGCUGCGGGAUUGUCCGGCCGGGCGUGGAUCGAGAGGGGUUCGGUGUGUGAAGAGGACAGAUGGACAAUGUGCAGCCACUGCCACCAUUAUGGCCCGCGAAGAACCGUUUGUCUGUCUGCUCCUUCUCCUGAGGGUAUGGUCGAAGAACUGAACUCCAGCCGCCGUGUGUACACAUACGGGACUGCUAUCAGCUGUGCGGAAGUUGGUUUGCUGAAAAGAAGCAGUGACCCUAUUGUGAUCACCGAUUCCGUCAAAAUGCUCGGCUUUAGAUGUCUUGGAACAGUGGAGCUGAGAAUUGAAAUGAACAGUGUAUGAGGUAUAUCAAACUGUGGUAUCUGAUGGAUGCUUCCUGUGCUUGAACGGCAUUCGUAUGAUUAUUACCGGCUAUGACUGUUGCGAUUACUAUUCAUGUAUCUGAGUCUUUGUAUAGAUUGUUUAUUUGAGAUCCCGGGUUUUGUCUGUGUUGGGCUGAUCUUCAGAGCCUGAUUAGUUGUUUCGUAAAGUGACCACCGCUAUAUGUGAUGGACGCUGACCAUUACAGAUGUAAGACCUUAUUUUCUUAUAUGACCGAUAUGUGUGUUGAGAGCUGACCAAUGUAGGCUAAGCCCACGUUAUGCGUGGUGCACGGUACAGUACACAGUUAAAACGUGUGAGUGCUAAGCAACGUGUCUAGAUUAUUCAGUGCUUGCCCUCUUGCUACCACAAUUGGUAAAAGUAAAAUAAAAGAAAAUAAAUUUUCACACGUUAUAUGUGACCGCAUUCUUUUGAAAAGUUUUUAGCUCGAAAUUAGAAUUGAAAUGUCUGAAUCUUGUUCUUCGUUGUUUUAUCACUGUCUUAUAUCUUGGCUAUCAUUCGACCCGCAUUGCAAUAUAUAUUAAACCGCGAGUAGGUAGAUAGACGUCAAAUCAGUUUAACGACAUCUGAUAAUUUUCUCUCUUUGCACGUGAAGGCUGAAGCAAUUGUAAACACUGUCUACGGUGCGGGAUAAGACCAAAUAAUAUAUUGUGCUUACUAUGCUUGUA